AAAUCUGCUGCUUCUCUCCGUUUGCGCCACCGCCACCGCCACCGCCACCUGCAAAAAGGAAUUCUCUCUCUCUCUAACUCGGAAAAGUAUUGCAAUGAAGGAGAGAGAAGAGGAGAAUUUCGUGACGCCUGGUGAUAUACUUGGAAAAGCUCUGGAGCUGAAACCUGGCUACGGCGCUUACUUCUCCUCCCACGAUAAAACCAUAUACGCCUCGCUCACUGGAUUCCGCUCCAUCACUCCUGCCCCAAUCGACUCCGACGACCAGAGGGCGACGGUGGAGGUGAAGGGGCACAAGGCGCACGGUCCGGUGCCGGAGCCUGGUGUUGUUGUUACUGCAAGAGUUACAAAAGUGAUGGCUAAAAUGGCUUCUGCAGAUAUUGUUUGUGUAGGUCCCAAGUCCGUUAAAGAAAAAUUUACAGGCAUCAUUAGGCAGCAAGAUGUCAGGGCAACGGAGAUUGACAAAGUAGAAAUGCACUCCUCUUUCCGUCCUGGCGACAUAGUUAAAGCUUUAGUUCUGUCUCUUGGUGAUGCUCGAGCGUAUUAUUUGUCAACUGCAAAGAAUGAACUCGGUGUUGUUUCAGCCGAAAGCGCUGCUGGUGCAACGAUGGUUCCUAUUAGCUGGACUGAGAUGCAGUGCCCUCUAACCGGCCAAACUGAGCAGAGAAAAGUAGCAAAGAUCGAUGCCGUCUGAAGUAGCUAGAAACUGCAUUGUGCUCUUUAUCUGUAAUACUUUUAGUUUAGAGGCUUGGUUUUGAGAGUGUACCAUUUCAUAGUACUUUCAGAAAAAAUUGAUGUUAAAACUUAAAACUUUCCAGUUUAGUGUUUAGUUAUUCCUUUUUCCGAACA